UCCAUCUCCGGACUAGCUGCAGCCGAGGAGGAGGCUAUUGGCCGCCGAGGUUUACCUGAUCGAGAGGCUCCGUUUCCCGGGCGGCUGGAUUGGCCUCUCCCCCCUCCCCCAGCUCUGGAUCCUCCGCAUCUCCCAUGGAACCUCUACCCACACAGGGACAGACGCUGAGGCACUACACCGCCCUCAGACCGCGACCACGGCGCACACGCACACAGCCCCCCUCAUCCAGGCCCCAGGAGCUAAAGGCAGAGGCGGAGAAUGAGGCCAGUGAGGGCAUGGGCAGAGUGGAUGAGGGAGUUGAAGAGUUCUUUACUAAGAAAAUAAUUCCAGACUAUGCACUAAAAGGCCGGUGGGAGGAGUCAAACCCUGCCCAAGCCACUCCCUCAGAGUCCAGCUUCACCUCUUUAGCCCCAUUACCCCUUUCCCCCUCCUCAGACAGUGUCCCCCCCUGCCCCGAGAGUACCACGGUGUCCUCUGCCCCCGACCCGUCCACUGACACGCAGUCUAGAGCCCGAGCUGGCAAGAAUGCCAAAGCUGCUGGGGGGGAGGGAGGUGGGGAGUCAGUGAAGGUCAAAAGGACCUCCAUCGCUGACCUGAUUCGGCCCCUGCGUGAGGCUAAAGACAGGGAGAGAGAAAGGUACAAGGAGAGAGGGGCCAAGUCAGUGGACGAUGUUAACGUUUGUAAUGAUGCCGCCAUCACAGAAGGAAGUGCUGCCGUGGGGAUGCGUCUAGCAGGCGAAGGGAUGGAUGUGCUGAUGCCUGUCAAGACAUUGACCAUUACAACACCAUCCAAUGAGAGCGCCCCCACCCACCCCACGACCCCCGUCCCCUCUGCUUCCACACACAUGGACCACACAGAAUCAACAGGCAGUCAGCCUGACCAUCCCCCUGAGGUCAGACCUGAGGGCACAGAGCAGGGGGACACCAAAACCUCAGUGGAGAGGGCACUUAGGACCAAGCGGUCUCUGCGAGAGGGCAAGAGCCAGAGUCUGAUCCUGCUGACUGGGGAUGAGGACAGAGCACACAAAAAGAAAAAUUCACAGGAAAGCACCAAUAGUUUUGAACAACGGCUUCAGGUGAUGCUACACAGAAUAAGUGUUGGAAGAAGCCCACCCCCAGACACUAAGAUGAACCAGAAUAAAGAAGAUGAGCUAAGAAAGGCUAACUCUGAAGGUGCAAUUUUGGACAAACCUGAUAGCCCCUCUUAUGUUAAGCCAAGAACUAUGUCCACCUCAGCAGCUGAGCGAAGAGAUCCUAAGAAAGCCCCUGACCCUGUGAGACCUUUGCUCCAUCCCAAACCACCUGUCCCAGAGCGCCCCCUGUUGCCCAAACCUCCUGUGAGUGCGAAGCCCAUUCUGCAAGUCCCAGCUACAGGAGGCACAGGCAAAAUCAGAUCCCUCUCUGAAGAUGGCAAAGCAGUGGACACUCCAGCACAGAUUGAAAACCAGGAGAGCACCAAGGGGCCACCUCCAGCCACACUUCCCAAGACAGAGCUGUGUUCUCCAGCUCUACGAAAGAUUCCCAGCACAGUGGACCGCUCUGAAAAAGCACAGUCUAUAACUGAUGGAAGUCUGCCUCAGCCAAGGCCACAUUUAAAGCCGCCUACCCAACGCAGAGCAGUGUCUGUCCAUGAGGAUACACUGGCUAUGACACAAGAGCUUAAGGCAGUACUUCAAAGGUCACCAAUUCGUUUAUGUGGCAACAAAGGAGAGCUCCCCACCUGCAUUGAAGACAGCACAGCUGGAGAAGAAGCCCAAAGCCCACAAGAUGAGGCAGAAAAGCAGGAAUGUGAAAGACAACAAACCGGUGUUGGAGCUAAGCCCAAAUUUCAAGAAAAAGAAGACUCAAGUUGUGUGUCCUCUGCAACUCAGGGCCAAAAAGAGAAAUCCAAACUGCCGCACACACCGGUUAGCCCUCCACCACAAGACAAGAGCCCUACCCCUGCACUAUCGAAGACUGCUGAAAAACUGCAAAAAUCUCCACAUUCGCAAGAAAAACUCUCAAUCUUAGCUUCAUCUGAAAUCUCAAAAGGUGCUCAUGUAUCUCCAACAUCGGAUGCAAAGAAGAGUCCCAGCAUGCCUAUAGGAGAACGAGAAAGACAGGCUGAGGAUGUUUCAAAACAGCAUACAUCAAAUUCAGCUUCUGGUCUUUGAGUGUAAGUGAAGAACAGAAAGACUCAAGAUGCGCUGUGGUACCAUGCAUGACCACAGGGAGGCGUCACAGGGUCCAACUUACAGUAAGUCCUCCCUGGCCACUGUGUCUUGCUGAAGUGUCCUUAAAUCGGCACUAAAAUCAUGCAGGUUGGAAAGGGAUAGAUGUUGCAAUGUUCUCUCAGAAAGUCUCAGGAUUAAAUAUAAGCAUAGUCUGAAAGGUGAUACGAAAUGGGGGAAACUCCGUAUUCUAAUAUACAAGCCUGACUUUGGGGCAGCGGUCAGGCCAUCAACUGACUUCCACUUUCUUGUUGGUCAAUAUCAGAGAGUUACAAUACCACUAUAUUUUAAGACAACUUAUUUAUAUAACUGUAUGUGUGCAUCACUGACUGCAAAAAGGACUAGAACAAUAACGCACUUAGCAAGUUCUGUGUGAAUUAUUUCUCUGAUUUAAUCCUGUGCAUUUUAUGUCUGUGCCGUUAGCAGCUAGCAGUGUUUCCCCUUGGCCUUAUUUAAUACUUGAUUUGGAUUUAUAGAUUGGGUGAUCAUUCAUAUUUACGGAAUAAUAUAAAAAUUACAUAUUUUAAUCCAAUCUCUUAAUAACAAACAUUUUGGUAUUCAUGCAAUAUAAUAUCCUAUUAUUUAUACAUGAAGCUCCCAAUACAGUUGAAAAUUUUAUAUCUGCUUGGCGUCACCCUAUUUAUGCUUGAUUUCAACGUUGGGAAUGUGAAAACUACUAGAUGCUACAAUUUUUAAGUACUGUAUUUCGAACCUCAAUUUUAUAU